UAUAUUUUGACGUUUAAAAAUCUUUUUUAUAGCGUUUUCCAUCAAUAAUUUUUAAGCCGCUGUCUUUGUACCACAACCUAACCUUUACAGUGGGUUUGGGCCUCUAGCAGAUAUGACUGGCUAAAAGGGAUUGCUUCCUCUUGUGGGUCACCUGAGUCUACCAUUCAUUUUGUUGCUAGGAGGCCAUGUUUUUGAACUCUUCACAUUAUGUAAUCGUUCCCGAAUUUAUGAGAUUGAUAUCUAAACGGUAUUUUUUCUUUUGAACCUUUAAAACAACCCUUCGUUAAAAGAGUGAAACCAUGGAUGUUUGGAAACAACUAUGGUUUAAUAUAUAUCUGUUCGUGAUCUUUGCUACCUUGACUGACUCUUGUCCUCUUUCGUGUAAAUGCCUGCCAUCAUGUUACUGCACUGGGACUUCUGUGGACUGCAGAGAUAAGAGAAUUUCGGUCGUUACAUCGAACUUCCCCAAGGACACAUGUACUCUUGAGCUAUCGAUUAACGCUAUAAAAGUUAUAAGCAAUACAUCAUUCAUAGGAAUUGAGAAGAUACAGUCACUAAACAUAGAUUUCAACGGAAUAAAUUUGAUUGAAAAUGGAGCAUUUGAUAGACUUACCGGCCUCAGAAAAUUAUCUCUUAAAGUAAACAUGAUUACCAUCAUAGAUGACAAAUUAUUUCGGGGACUAUAUAGCCUGGAGACAUUGAACCUAGAAUCAAACUGGAUAAGCAGUAUCAAUAGAAAUGCAUUCUCCGAUUUGAUUAGCUUGGUCGGACUCAAUCUAAGAGGUAACAAAAUUACUGUCUUCACCAGAGAAAUGUUUGUCCAUAACUGGAGUUUAUCAUACCUAUUCAUUGACAAAAAUCCUUUACAUUGCAACUGUACCCUCGAUGACUUCUUGAAUUUCACAUACGGGAGAAAAAUACUAAUAGACGAUGAAACAGUAUGUAGAACUCCAUCACAGUUAACAGGAGUACGCUUGAGAAAUUUUAACAUUCCUUCCUGCCACCCCAAAUUAAAGGGAUUUACGGAAUGUGAACAUAGCUUUAUACCAAUUCGGAUUACGAAGUUUACCUAAUCAAAACAUUGUACUCGUGGACGAUGUGGCUGGUCAAAAAGGAUUGAUCACUUUUUAGACUCACAAUUUUACCAUUGUAGUUUCCAGGGGCCUGUGUUUUGUUGUGAUUUGUUUGAAAUUUUCAUUGUAUUUCUGAGAUCCCAACCAGUUAGUUUUUAUUUAUGUUUUGCAGAAUUUUUUAGCAUUUAAUUGAUUGAUUGCAGGAAUGUUGUUUUGUGCCUCAUUCCAGAAUUUUUCAGUAAUGGAGAGAUCACUGAAAAUG